UUAAGUAUGGCUUUUGAACACGACAAGGACUCGAAUAAUGAUGGCCACCUUGCUUUUAGGUGAACAAAGAGGGGAAAGAGCGGAAAAGUUGGCUCGACAAUCCUUUGAACUUCCUGACCCACUUUCAUUUUUGGCUCUUUUCUCCCUCUAUCCUAUUCAACACGUUCUACAAAUAGAGGCGUUGUAUUUUGGUGCAAUAAUUAGUGGGCAGGCUUCCUGCGUUGUGAGAAGCACUUCCAUAGGAUCGUCAUGGGCAAACAAGGUCCUUGCUGCCAUUGUGGGGUUGCAAGCACUCCAUUGUGGAGGAAUGGACCACCGAACAAGCCAGUGCUAUGUAAUGCAUGUGGAUCAAGGUGGAGGACAAAGGGCACCCUGGUUAACUAUGCUCCAUUGCAUGCUCGUGGAAAUUCAGCCACUGAACUUGAAAACAGAGGCAACCAUGAAGGAGUUAGGCCAUUAAACAGUACCAAGUUGAGACUUCUGCAUGCCGCUAAAGCCAAAUUAGAAGCUUCACUUGUAGGUAACCAUAUCAGAGAUAAGCCAAAAGCCACACCAGCAAUCCACGAGAAAGACACACCUGAAGGAAGUAUCGAGGAAGACACAGGAAACAGGUCUAGCUCUAUGUCUGGAAUAUCAUAUUCUGAGAGUUCUACCCAGUUUGACAGAACAGAUGGAAAUGAAAUUGCAGAUUCUGUACAAUCACAUGCCUGGGACACCCAAAUUCCGUCUAGAAAGAGAACAUCCCUUAAACGUCCAACUCCAACUUCAGUAGAAAAGCUCCAGAAAGAGCUCUCUGACAUUCUUCACGAGCAAGAAUCAUCAUAUCUCUCUGAAUUGUCAGAAGUUCUGGUUUUCGGUUCUGAAACUCCAUUUGGUUCUGUUGAGAUUGGUCUUGGCAGCAUGCUCAUCAAGCCCCCACUUUCAACAGCGGCAGCAGAGGAAUCAGAAGGAUGCUCAUUUCCAUCUGAAAACAAACAUUUUAUAAAAAACAGACAAUACAGAGAGGUAUCUUUGCCUCUUUUACAAUCUGGAAGCUAUAAAAGCAGUUCAAGUAAUGUGUCAAAUGAUCGGGUGGCAGAGGCGAUGGAAAUGAGGAAGCAGUCGGGGGAAAAUUAUCCUAAAAGAAUAGCUCUUGUAAGUAAAGUUUUGUAAGCUGUUCUUGUGAGCUUGAUUUUCCAACACAUGUAUAUGUCUUCUUAUUUAGAAUUGAUAUAUUUUCCUGUGGGAAACUUUUUGUGUAGCGAACCACUCUGUUCCUGAUUUGUCCAGGUCUCUACAUGGCAUACGGCUGUUUUAGCACAUGUUUGCUUUCCCUACAUGUACAGGAUCUGCGUUGUAGUCUGCCUGUUAAUCGAUGUCUCUCAGGUGAUCUUUAGAAUA